AUGCCUAUGGGCCGGAUCUCAGUCCCAAAGAUUCCGAUCGGCGACCCACUGACCAAGCGGCCAGUCAUCUCAGAUAUCUCGACCGCGGUCUCUUACGUGAUCAAAUUAUUGGACCAUGGUGCUGGAAAUAUUAUGGCAAUCAGCGGCGCUGGCGUCAGUGUAGACUCGGGAAUACGUGCUUACAGAGGUGCCAAGGGAUCUUACAUUAUCAAUAAAUCGUACCGACCUAUAUUCUUUCAUGAAUUUUUGGAGUCUCAUAGCUUUCGGAUACGAUAUUGGGCUCGUUCAUAUUUGGGUUAUCCCACUGUUCGAGCAGCCGAGCCGAACGUAGGACAUUAUGCCGUUGCCGCUCUAAUGAAAAUGGGGUACAUCCGGCACUUGAUCACGCAGAAUGUAGAUAGAUUACAUCACAAAGCAAUUGGAGUUAAGCAAGGCCCGCAUGAACCUGACUAUUUCCAGCCCCAUCCAAACAUCUUGGAGCUUCACGGGACCCUUAAACAUGUCAACUGUUUAUCUUGUGGUCACCAAAUUGACCGAGACGAUUUCCAAGAUCUUCUUUCCGAAUUAAAUCCAUCUUGGAAAAACUAUGCAGAUACUUUACAAAGUAUCGGUCAGGAAGUUAAAACUAAUCCGGAUGGAGACGCCGAUGUGAGAGAUAAAUCGUUCGAUUCCUUUGUCGUACCCAAUUGCGAGAAAUGUCGUGUUGGGCUCUUAAAACCUGCUGUCACCUUUUUCGGGGAGUCGCUUAGCAAAGAAACCAAGGAGCUGGGUAACCAACGAGUCUCGGAAGCCACGAAUUUAUUACUGCUGGGUACGUCGCUGACGACAUACUCAGCAUUCCGCUUAGUCAAAGAACUAAAGGAAAAGUCGGGCUCGCAAAUUGGGAUGAUCAACAUUGGGGCGACUCGAGCGGAUGAGUUGAUUGACUGGAAGAUCGGCUCUCACCUAGAUACCGGUGGUUUAGGCUGCAGUCAAGUACUGAAAGAAGUCGGACUGCAAUUGGCCGCACGACAUCGUUUACCGGAUUCGCAUCCAGUCAUGGGAUUAUUACAUAGUGGGGUCAUGAAGCCGCUUGAUUAA